CCAACCCCCAACACUACUACAAGGCUGGACUCAAUGCACACUCAUCCACAGUCUUUCGCUCUCUCACGCACACCAAGGUGCUUGCUCCCAUACACACUCUUUCAGAUACACAGGACUCUAUACAAACAUCGAUCUGGAUUAAUGAUUCUUAACACCAGAAGCCCAAGUAAAAGAGACGCCCCAGAUCGAUCGAUCAAGCCCUUCUUUGCCCCAGACUCCCCUACUAUUGACAAGGUUCUGUCUCCCUUGGAGUUGGACUCUAAUUUUGGCUUUUGACCCCUGGAACAAGGAAAGGGUUUUUGAUUUGGCUGUGGACGAGACCUGCUGAGAACCAGUCUAGACUGACCCACCAGCAUUUAUUCAUAAUCACUGGACAGCAGGAACAUUUCUGCUACCAGCAUUUCUUCUACUACACCAGAUCUGAGACUGACCGCACUGGAGACGUGUAUUUAAAGGACCUCUCUGGUCUCUAUUGCCCCAGGACCAUGGGCUCUCUCUGGGGCAGCAUUAUGCUGCUGUGUGGGGUGGUUCUGCUCAGGACAGAGGGAAGUGGAGUCCAACAGACCAAGAACAAUAUCCCCCGGCUAAAACUCUCGUAUAAAGACAUGUUGGAGUCUAACAACCUUGUGACAUUUGAAGGUCUGGCCAACAGUUCGGCUUACCACACCUUCCUGUUGGAUGAGGAGAAAGGGAGACUCGUGGUGGGAGCCAAGGACCACAUCUUCUCUUUUAACCUCCUCAAUGUCAGCAGAGACUACGCACAGAUCCCUUGGCCAGCUUCUCCCACCAGAAGAGAUGAAUGCAAGUGGGCAGGAAAAGAUCUCUCGAGGGAGUGCUCAAAUUUCAUCAAGGUGUUGCAGCCGUUCAACCAGACCCAUGUAUAUGUGUGUGGGACAGGAGCCUUCCACCCAGUGUGUUCCUACCUGGAGGUGGGCAAGAAACCAGAGUCUCUUAAUGUCCAGGACAGUGUGUUCAGACUGGAGCCUCACAUAGAAAACGGCAGAGGGAAGAGUCCUUAUGAUCCCAAGUUGUACACUGCCUCCAUGCUAAUUGAUGGGGAACUGUAUGCUGGGACAUCAGCUGACUUCAUGGGACGGGACUUUGCCAUCUUUCGUACUCUCGGCAAGCAUCACCCAAUCAGGACGGAACAACAUGACUCCCGGUGGCUAAAUGAUCCCAGGUUUGUGGGCGUUCAUCUGAUUCCAGAGAGCGACAACCCUGAAGAUGACAAAAUCUACUUGUUCUUCAAAGAGAACGCUAUGGAUGGAGAGCAUGCUGGGAAGGCCACACAUGCUCGCAUUGGACAGCUCUGCAAAAAUGACCUGGGAGGUCACAGGAGUCUGGUGAAUAAGUGGACCACCUUCUUGAAGGCACGACUUAUUUGCUCCGUGCCUGGCAGUAAUGGAAUAGACACUCACUUUGAUGAACUACAGGAUGUUUUUCUCAUGAGCACAAAGGACCCUAAGAGUCCAAUCAUCUAUGCAGUAUUUACCACUUCCAGCAACAUCUUCAAGGGUUCAGCUGUGUGUAUGUACAGCAUGACAGACAUCAGGAGAGUAUUCCUGGGUCCUUACGCUCAUAGAGAUGGACCCAACUACCAGUGGGUGCCAUUCCAGGGACGUGUUCCUUACCCACGUCCUGGGACAUGCCCAAGCAAGACAUUUGGAGGAUUUGAUACUACGAAGGAUCUUCCUGAUGAAGUCGUAACGUUUGCCAGAAGCCACCCAGCCAUGUUCAACCCUGUCUACCCCAUCAACAAUCGACCAAUCAUAGUCAAAACAGAUGUGGACUACCAGUUCACCCAGAUAGUGGUGGAUAAAGUAGAAGCAGAAGAUGGCCAGUAUGACGUCAUGUUCAUAGGCACAGACAUGGGGACGAUACUGAAAGUGGUAUCCAUCCCCAGAGGUUCCUGGCAUGACCUGGAGGAGGUCCUAUUGGAAGAAAUGACUGUCUUCAGAGAACCAACAGCCAUUACAGCAAUGGAGCUUUCAACUAAACAGCAACAACUGUACCUGGGUUCAGACAUUGGUGUGUCCCAGAUGCCUUUGCAUCGGUGUGAGGUUUAUGGGAAGGCCUGUGCUGAAUGCUGCCUGGCAAGGGACCCUUACUGUGCAUGGGAUGGCACUGAGUGCUCCAGAUACUUUCCCAUGGCUAAGAGGAGAACAAGGCGACAAGAUAUCAGGAAUGGAGAUCCACUCACACAGUGCUCAGAUCUGCAACACCAUGAUGAACUAAAUGGGCAGACGACUCUCCUGGAUAAAACUGUCUAUGGUGUGGAGAACAGCAGUACUUUCCUCGAGUGCAGUCCCAAGUCCCAGAGAGCCAUGACUUACUGGCAGUAUCAGCACUCUUCUGAUGACCGCAAACAAGAGAUCAAAUCAGAGGAACGUUUCAUCCGCACAGACCAGGGUCUACUGAUUCGCACACUUAACAAAAAGGAUUCUGGGAUCUAUCAGUGCCAGGCGGUGGAGCAUGGAUUUAUGCAGACGCUUCUGAAGGUAACCUUAGAAGUCAUUGACACUGAGCGCCUGGAGGAUCUGCUGCAUCGCAAUGAAGAGGCAACAGCCAGCGCCCCUGCCCAGGAUCAUUCUUCACCUCAAGAGACUCCUAAUCAAAAGCUGUGGUACAGAGACUUCCUGUCUUUGGUCAAUCACCCAACUCUGAACAGUGUGGACGAGUUCUGUGAGCAGGUCUGGAAAAGGGAGAGGAAGCACAGGAGGCAGAAAGCUCACCUGGUGCAGCAAGUACAAAUACACCAGCAGCAGCAGCAGCAGAAGGUUCUGGUGAACCCUCACACCCACAUGCAUGCUCAAGGGCUGGCAGCCAAGUGGAAACACCUGCAAGACAGGCAGAAGGGACGCAACCGCAGGACCCAUGAACUGGAGAGGGCCCCCCGCAGUGUCUGACCUAUAAACCUUGACUUCUAACAACCAAACCAGAAACCACACCCAGUGCUCAUUCUGUAACCCUAAUUAACUUACCCACUUUUCUCCUUCAUAGUGAGAUACAGACUUCUCCCACAAAGACUGGAUAGAAAAGUUAAACUGGAAAAAGGUAAUACUACCCUGAUCUGCCGGCUGUUGUGUUCUGCGCGUGGGCAGCCAUGUUUACAAUACGCCAGCACAGAGGACUGCAGGAAACAGGAUGUUGUAUCACGCCAGACCACUGGAGCAUAUUAUCUCAGCUGGCCUCUUUGGCCUGGACACUGCAGAGGGACAGCGUCAACCAGCACAAGAACUGGAUACAUACAGUACAUAUACCCACCCUGUAGACAUGACUGACUCAUGUUGAGAUGGUUGUGUCAAUGGCAUUGUCUCAUGGCAUGCUAGUUAGGUGUCUUUAUCAGUGUGCAACUAAAGUAGAUACCUAAAAAUACCAGAUAAUUUCUUUUCUACUUCACAAUUAUAAAAGAGGCGGUGGGAUUGUAUUAAAAACAGUGUGGAGAGUAAAUGGAAUUGCAGUGGAAUUACAAGCACACAAUGAGUGAAGCUCAUGGAAAGCAUAAGAUGGUCAUUGGUCAAUUUUAGUAUUAUGGAUAGUUAAAUCAGUCAACAUGAGAAAGAAAAAUGCCCAAGCACUGCAAGAAUAGAGCAACAGUCACCAUUUGUCGACAAAUAUAAUUAUGUAGCUAAGAUGUGUAAAUACUGUAUUCUAUGACGUCUCCUCAUACUAAAGGGAAUGGCUUGCAGUUGUCUUGUUGCUUUAUGUUGUUUCCCCAGAUAGGAAUUUAUUUAAGAAAAAGUCUUUCAAAAGCAGUUGUAAACAGGGAGAUUUUGUACUAGUCUGUGUGUCUACGCCCUAGAUAAGCUUCCAAAACGAAGUCAGGUUUUAUUAUUCUGUUUUGUUUAUCUUAUUCUUUUGAAUCAUCAGAUUCUUUCCAGUGUCAACAGUCGUCAAGUUGGCUGUCACUUUAUAGGGAUGUCUGCCAACUGCAUCAUCUCAGCGCACGAAAUGUUAUACUUAGUUCUUCCAUGUUCAUUUAAUUUGUAUACACUUUGUUACCACUACGUGUGUAUUUAUUGAUAUACAAUUAUGUACAUUGUGCAAAUAUUUUUCCAUUUGCGGGCUUUUUUUUCCUUGCAAUUUAUCAUUUGGUUUGAUUAAUUUGAUUUGCAUCACCAAUUUCUUAAAUAACUGUAUUAUCACAAAGACUGGGAGUUAUUUAUCAAAAUGAUCAAUAUUACAUGCAUUACAUAUCAAAUGCACUGAACAAUAAGCCAGUAUCCAUACUGUAUAUUUUUUUUCACAUUUGUUGCCUCAUAGCCACAUUCUUCACAGGCAGCGCAGUGUAACAACUUAAUUUCACUGCAUGUAACAAAAAAACCCUCUUCAUUUUUCUGAUGAUAACAAUCCUUUACACAAUGCACACACACACACACACACACACAAACACAAACCUGGAAUGUAGCUGUGAACAUUAUGUAAAUAUAAAUACUAUGGUCUAUGUUUGACAAGUAUGACACUGUGUACUAGUGCAUGUGAAUACUAUUGUAGUGUUCCUGUUUUGCUAUAGCAAUGAUAUACUAGUCUGGUGUUUUCACCAUUAUUCUGUUGUUUGCUUAUGCAGUACACAAUAUUAACUAUUUCAAAGAUGUACAUACUAUUUCUGUCAGGACUCUAAACUGUAUAAUUGAUUAUUCCUAUAGUAGGUAUUGAUAAAAAAAAAAUAUAAACAAGAUCUAAACAGGAUCUCUCUAUGGACUUAAAUGUCUACAGACCAGUUAACAACAAUAGACAACAACACUGAACAAUGUCAGUUGAGCAUUGCAACAAAUCAGUAUGUCAGAUGACCUUGUCUAGUGAGUGUUUGCAAACCUCAUCUGCUUUUGGAAGCCAUGACGUAGGAAGAUGAGAAAGUGAUUUUAGGCUAAUAAGAUGAAUUGGAUGCCAGAGUUGUGGAACUUUCAGUAAAGAUGGGCAUAUAAUAAGAUCAUCAUUAUAAAGAGGAAAGGGUGCCUUACUGCAUCAGUCUUGGACAUACAACGAAAGUGAGGAAAUUAAGUGCUGCUGCUGCGGCUGCUGCUUUUUGGCAUGAUGGUGAUGGUGGUGAUGUAUUCUACUGAUCUAAUAAAUGUCUCUUCAUAAA